AACCAACAUUCGCUCAGAUAAGUGAGUGCACUAUUUGCAAGUGCAUGAUGCAUUGCCAUCUAAAUCAAAAUGCAAUGUUGUGUAAAAAUGAAAAAUAUAAAUUGAUAUACUAAUUUUGGACACUGGAUGCCAAAUUUGUGUCUCAUAAAUGCAAUCUAACACAAAACGAUAAGAAUGACUGGUCCAAAAAAUAUCUAAAACUGAAGUAAAAAGAAUCCAUGAAUCAAUAAAUUAAAACAUAUCUAGCUACAUUCAAAGACUCCUGUAAUUGAUUAAAUUCAAACUCCAAGGUGUAAAUCUAGAGAGAAAGUUCUCCGGCGACUCUCCGGCAGCAACUCCGGCAGCCACUGGCAGGCCUAAUCCACCCCCCAUACAUCAUUUCCCAAAGCUAUUCUCGGAUUUAUUUUCUGGUUCAAAGCUAGAACCCUUAGGGAAGGUGGAAGGCUUCCAUAAUGGAAUGCCCUCGGCCUCUUUUUCUGUUGAAGAGGACGACAUACUAGCCAGCUCUCUCAAGUAUGCUGCAGUUGGGAGGUCUCAAUCCAAGAUCUCGCCGCUAGGGAUGAAGGCCUUCUUGUUGAAAGGAAGGUUCAGGGGUGGCUUCAGAAUAAGGAGGCUCUCGGAUGAGGAACUUUUGUUCAGUUUCAAAGAGGAGGCUGAUUAUAUUAGGUUUAUGCAGAAACGAAUCUGCAACAGUCAAUUACAACAGUCCAGAAAAAUGUGGGUCAGGAAGAAAACUCAAACAACUGAUGUCUCCUCUCAGAAUCCUUUUAGUCUUCUGGAUCAGCCCAUGGACCAGCCUACGGUUCAAAUUUUGCCAUCCAAUUACCAGUUGUACAAUUCACAUACAAGUACACAUGGGCAGCUGACAAGCAUGGACCCACUUCUAGGGCAACUCCUUGGGGAUGUUCAAGUCCCUGCAAACAACAAUAACAAGACAAAUGAUAUCUUCCCAUCCUUCUCUGAAGCUAAGGAAGAUGAAGUGUUCUGGGUAUCAGCUGAUCCCCCGGAAUGGUUGGACAAGUUGGCAAAAUACAUUGAGGACGGUGUAGCCCCGGAGGAUUCCCGAGAAGCCCGUUUGCUGCGGAUGAGGGCACCCACCUACAAGGUGCAGGAUGGAGUCCUCUAUAAGCGAUCUUAUAACGGUGUUUUACUCCGUUGCCUCAGGGCGGCGGAGGCAAAGGCACUAAUGGAGGAAAUACACGAGGGAAAUAUGCCCGGGAGGCCAGCCACGAACUACACGCCCAUCAGCUCUGUGAUUCCCUUCUCAAGAUGGGGAAUUGAUAUUGUGGGAGCCUUUCCAAAGGGAGUUGGACAGGCAAGGGGGAUAGUGGUGGCCAUUGAUUACUUUACCAAGUGGGUGGAAGCUGAACCACUUGCCGGGAUAACAAGAAGGCAGAUGAUCGGCUUCGUUGGAACCAAUAUACUUUGUAGGUUUGGGGUCCCGAAGCAGAUCAUAUCUGACAAUGGAACCCAGUUUGAGGAAGCAGAGUUUCAAGACUUUCUCAAAACUUGGGGAAUUCAGCAUACAAAAGUGUCUGUUGCCUACCUUCAGGCUAAUGGACAAGUGGAGAACGUCAACAGGACAAUCAUAAAUGGAAUAAAAAAGAAGCUGCUUUCAGAAGGAAGUAAAUGGGUGGAUGAACUACCCAGGAUCUUGUGGACAUACAGGACAACUCCAAGGAGAGCUACGGGUGACACUCCUUUCGGCUUAGCCUAUGGUUUUGAAGCCCGGGCUCCCGCUGAGGCAGUAAUCCCUAUCAGGAGGGAGAUAGAAUAUGACCCGGAAGUAAAUGAACAGAAUCAAGCCGUAGAACUGAACUUCGUAGAGGAACGAAGGGAUGAGGCACGGAUCCGGGCAGAGAAUUAUCGUCGCCAGGUGAAAUCUUACUUUGAUAGUAGAGUAAAACCAAGGGCGUUCCAGGUGGGGGAUUACGUCCCGAGGAAGCGAGAGAAGAGUCAACCAACUAAGGGUGGGAAGCUGGCUAAGAAAUAUGAAGGACCUUAUAUCAUCAAGGCCGUUGUUCGCCCAGGUACCUACAAGUUGGUGACUCCAAAGGGAAAAGAAAUUGAUAGGACGUGGAAUGUAGAGCACUUGGUAAAAUUUUAUUAGUAAAAUCAUUUUGUAAAGCGCUCUAUUUUUAAAUUUAAGAUGUUUGUUUCAAUGAAUUUUUUCUUUCCUUUAAAGCCAAGUGCCUUUGCAUGUUCAUUGUUCUAUAGAUUUCUUUCACAAAAAAAAAAUUGGGGAGGUAGAUAAGUUUAUGUCCCCCCGGAGGUAGAUAAGUUUAUGCCUCCGUCAAAAAUGAAGGAAGGGUUGGCGAUAAAGACCCACAUUACAGGGAGGUAGAUAAGUUUAUGCCACCUGCUAAAAAUAGGGGAGGUAGAUAAGUUUAUGCCCCCCAGAGGUAGAUAAGUUUAUGCCUCCGUCAAAAAUGAAGGAAGGGUUGGGAU